GCUUCCUUCCCACUGCUUGUCUCCUAGGCCACUAAACCUCAGCUGUCCCCUGGAAUAAGUCAAGAGGAGCGUGAAGCAGAGUAGAAGCCUAAGCAAAUCUGAGAGCGCAGCGGCCUCUUCUCCCAGGAUGCUGAGGCAGGAGGAUCACUUGAACCCAGGACUCUAAGGCCAGUCUGGGCAACUCAUCAAGACCACAAGUCAACAAAACCCCUAGAUCUGCAGCUUAUUUGCAGAUCUGAAACUAAGGGAUUGACAUGGCCCGUCUGAUGACAACACAGCUGCUGCUUCUUGUGUGGGUGGCUGCUUGGGGUGCCCAGCCCAGGACUACUCGGGCCAGGACUGAACUUCUCAAUGUCUGCAUGGACGCCAAACACCACAAGGAAAAGCCAAGCCCGGAGGACAAGUUGCAUGAGCAGUGCAGUCCCUGGAAGAAGAACUCCUGCUGCUCCUUCAACACUAGCCAGGAAGCCCAUAAGGAUAUUUCCUACCUAUACGGAUUCAACUGGGACCACUGUGGAAAGAUGGCACCUGCCUGUAAACGACAUUUCAUCCAGGACACCUGCCUCUAUGAGUGCUCCCCUAACUUGGGGCCCUGGAUCCAGCAGGUGGACCAAAGCUGGCGUAAAGAGCGGAUCCUGAAUGUGCCCCUGUGCAAAGAGGACUGUCAGCGUUGGUGGGAGGAUUGUCAGACCUCGUUCACGUGUAAAAGCAACUGGCACAAAGGCUGGAACUGGACCUUAGGGUACAACCAGUGCCCCGUGGGAACUGCCUGCCACCCCUUCCACUUCUACUUCCCUACACCUGCAGCUCUGUGUGAGGAAAUCUGGAGUCACUCCUACAAAGUUAGUAACUACAGUCGAGGAAGUGGCCGCUGCAUCCAGAUGUGGUUUGACCCUGCCCAGGGCAACCCCAAUGAGGAGGUGGCAAGGUUUUAUGCAGAGGCCAUGAGUGGGGCUGAGGUCCCCAGAGCCUGGCCUCUCCUGCUCAGCCUGGUCCCAAUGCUGCUCAGGCUGCUCAGCUGAGCUUCUUUUAUCUUUUAAUACCUGGGGGCCCCACAGCUCCUAACUCUUCAGUUCCUGCUCCAAAGUAGGGCCCCUGAGAGCCUGUUUAAAUAAAACAGAUACUCCAUA